GACUGACGGCCGGCCGGCUCUUCUUCCUCCCUCCUUCCUCUACAACCAGUACAGUACAGUGGCCAGCCAUGGCGUCUGAAUCGCAUCGGUGAAGAAGCGAGGCCGAGGCCAUGGCUCUCCGUCUCUCUUUCAUCAUCAUCCUGCUCACCGCCCUCGCUCGGACCACCUCCUCCUCAUGCCCUGAUGCUUGGCAACUCACUCCUGCUCAUGACAAAUGUUUCAUUUACAUACCAACACCCCUUUCUUGGGAUAGAUCUGAGGCUCUUUGCCGUAAUAACUUCACCGCUCAUUUGGCCGCGCUCUCAUCACUUCAAGACCUCACUUUCGCAAGGUCUCUCUGCGGGGCCUCAGGAUGCUGGGUUGGAGGCCACCGUGACAAUGCUGCCUCUGCUGCUUUUGCUUGGACAUGGUCUGAUGAUUCAUCCUCUUGGAAUGACACUGUCUUUCCUGUUGACACAUUGCACGCCAACUGCAGCGGUACUGGCUGUGCCCUUGCUACUACCAAUGAUACAUGCACUUUGCUUACCACUACCCAUGCUACCCUUACCGCAAAAAGGUGCAGUGAUCCACAUGGACUCAUUUGUAUGAUCAAUCAUGAAGACAGAUGUUACCAUGAUCACUGCCACAAAGAGUAUUUCAUAGUACUCGUUGUUGUGAGUGGAUUCAUUCUCUUGACCACUCUAGCAGUAGUAGUUUGGCUUCUUGUCUAUAGGCGAAGCAAGAGGAGGAGAAGGUCGCGUGAAGCUUCCGGUACUUCAGCAACUGCACUAGUUCUGCCGCUAUGGAAAGUGUUCACAGGAGAAGAACUUAGAUCAAUCACAAAGAACUUUAGUGAGGGCAACCGGCUUCCUGGAAAUGCAAAGACUGGUGGAACCUAUAGUGGGAUCUUGCCAGAUGGAUCCAGGGUAGCAAUCAAGAGACUAAAGAGAUCAAGCCUGCAAAGGAAAAAAGAUUUCUACUCCGAGAUUGGGAGAGUUGCAAAGCUGUAUCAUCCUAAUUUAGUUGCAGUAAAAGGAUGCUGUUAUGAUCAUGGUGACCGCUUUAUUGUUUAUGAGUUUGUUGCAAAUGGGCCGUUGGAUGUGUGGCUACAUCAUGUCCCCAGAGGAGGCCGGUGCCUUGAUUGGCCAAUGAGGAUGAGAAUUGCAACAACUCUUGCACAAGGGAUCGCAUUUUUGCACGACAAGGUGAAGCCCCAGGUUGUGCACCGUGAUAUCCGUGCAAGCAACGUGCUACUUGAUGAGGAAUUUGGCUCCCAUCUGAUGGGGGUUGGGAUGUCCAAGUUUGUGCCAUGGGAAGUAAUGCACGAGAGGACUGUGAAGGCUGCAACCUACGGGUAUCUUGCUCCUGAAUUCAUAUACAGGAAUGAACUGACAACAAAGAGCGAUGUCUACAGCUUUGGUGUGCUCCUUCUAGAGAUCAUUAGUGGUCGUCGGCCUACUCAGUCUGUCGAAUCCGUUGGAUGGCAGACUAUAUUUGAGUGGGCAACACCUCUAGUCCAGUCACACCGGUAUCUAGAGCUGUUAGACCCACUGAUUCAGGACUUGCCGGAUGUAGGCGUCAUCCAGAAAGUUGUCGACCUUGUUUACGCAUGCACCCAGCAUGUUCCUUCGGUGCGACCAAGGAUGUCUCAUGUGGUCCAUCAACUGCAGCAACUUGAGCUAAAGUCAGCAGCAUCAGAACUGAGGAGCGGCACCAGCACCAGCGCUACGUCUCCAAUGUUGCCAUUGGAGGUUCGGACUCCUCGCUGAAAUCUAUUGUAGUUGCCGAUGUCAGUCAGCUGGCAGCACACAUCUAUUCAAGUGUCUGCUUAACUAGUACUAGUACGUAGUAGUUGCAAUUGCUUCCUUCCUUCCGAGGAAAAAGUGGUUGAGGGGAGAAGUAGUUGUAACAAUGUGUUGUUUGUUCUUGUAAUGGCCAUUGCUCGUGUGUACUUCAGUUGACUUCUAUUUAGAUCUCAGUAUAUGUUUUGAGUUUAAUGUGCACAAUGUCUGUACUCUGAUAGUGACCAAUCUAUGUAUCUAUAUUUGAUAGAAGGUGUGCUAA